AUGGUAUCAACACGCCAAUGGCAACUUGCUCACAAGCCUCGCGAUCAACCACAACUCGAUGGUCCUGAGCAGACCUUCAAGUUGGUGGAGAAUGUACAGCUCCCAGAGCUCAAGGAUGAUGAGGUUCUCGUGAAGCUACUCUCACUUUCCAACGACCCUGCUCAAAGAGGAUGGAUCGAUCCAGAUAUUGCUGAAGACAGACUCUAUWUUCCUCCUGUUAAGCUUGGAGCACCAAUGUCUGCUCGUGGACUAGCAGAGGUCGUUGAGUCAAAGUCCUCCAGCUACAAAAAGGGCGAUACUGUGCUCGCGUCGACGGGAUGGUCAGAGCUAGCAGUUGUGCCUGCCAAGAUGUGCCAGCCUGCGAACGAUCUUCCUGGUGGGAUGAGCAAGACUCAUUACUUGGGCGCUUUAGGAGGCACUGGUUUGACUGCAUACUUUGGUCUUACGGAAGUUGGCAAGGCAAAGGCCGAAGACAACGUUGUUGUCUCUGGAGCCGCGGGUGCGACAGGCUCAAUGGCAGUCCAGAUCGCGAAGAAAAUCAUCGGCUGCAAGAAAGUUGUUGGAAUUGCAGGAACAGACGCCAAAUGCAAGUGGGUUGAGAGCAUUGGAGCCGACAAGUGCCUCAACUAUAAAAGCCCAACUUUUGCCGAAGAUUUCAAGAAGGAAUUCCCUGACAAGUCCAACUACGUCGAUGUUUACUAUGACAACGUUGGCGGCGAAAUUCUCGACCUGGCACUCUCUCGUAUGGCCAUGAAGGGCCGCGUUAUCGCUUGCGGAUCCAUCAGCAGCUACAACACUGCCUCGGAGCGCACCACUGGCCUCAAGAACUGGUUCGAGAUUGUGAUCAUGCGCGUCACUGUUCAAGGUUUCAUCGUACUUGACUACAUGAAGGACUUCCCAAAGGCGAUCGAGGUUUUCAAGAAGGCACUUGCAGAGGGCAAGCUGGACAUCGGUGGCGGCGAGACUGUUGUCAAGACCAAUUUCGAAGGCAUCCCAAAGACCUGGCUGCAGCUCUUCAGUGGCAGCAACCAAGGCAAGCUCAUCACCCAGAUCUCGGAGUGA